AUGUCUUCGUCCUACGAGCCGUUCUAUCUUCGAUACUAUUCGGGGCACAUGGGUCGCUUUGGCCAUGAGUUCCUGGAAUUUGACUUUAGGGCCGUGGGCGACGGCCGCAGUGCUGUGACGCGAUACGCAAACAACUCCAACUAUCGCAACGACAGUCUCAUUCGCAAAGAGAUGUGUGUCAGUUCGGUCAUUGUCGACGAAAUAAAGCGUAUUGUCAAGACGAGUGAGAUCGUCAAGGAAGAUGACUCGAAAUGGCCACAGAAGAACAAGGACGGUCGUCAAGAACUCGAGAUUCGAAUGGGCAACGAGCACAUCUCCUUCGAGACGGCCAAAAUCGGCUCGCUGGUCGACGUCACUGAAUCUGCCGACCCCGAGGGCCUCCGCGUCUUCUACUAUCUCGCCCAGGACCUCAAGGCGUUGGUUUUUAGCUUGAUUGCUCUUCACUUCAAGAUCAAGCCUAUUUGA